AUGACUUUUGUGGUGACAUUUGUGUAUGCUUUUAACACUAAAGAGGAGAAUAGGGAGUUUUGGAGUAGUCUAGUGGAAUACCAAGCUGGUUGUCAUAAGCCAUGGAUGGUGUUGCGAGAUUUUAACCCAGUAUUGAGAAUAGAAGACAGAAUUGGAGGGAACCAGGUUACUUGGGUUGAUGUGGUAGACUUUCACACAUACAUUAGGGAGUGUGAAUUAAUUGAGUUCCCUCAAUUAGGAAAUCACUACACUUGGAAUGAUAAGAACAAUGAUCAGAGAAUUUUUUCAAAGCUAGAUUGGAUAUUCAUCAACAAUACAUGGUUGGAUAUAAUGCCAACUUGCAGAGUAAAGUUUCUGCCAGAAGGCACUAGUGAUCAUUGUCCAGUCAUGGUGACAUUGGAGGAUAGGAGACUGGGGAUGAGAAGACAAUUCAUCUACAGUAAUGUUUGGGCUCAGCAUCCUCAAUUUGCUGAUUUAGUGAAGGCAGGGUGGGAAGUUCAACUAGAAGAAUGUCAGAUGUUUAAAAUUGUCAGUAGACUCAAGAUGCUACAGAAGGCUUUAAAGAAGUUAAAUGCAAACUACUUUGGUAACAUUGUGACUGAGGCAAAUGUGGAAAGGGUGACACUUAAAGAGGUUCAAGAAAGACUAUUCAGAGAUCCCACAAAUAGAGAGUUACAACAGGAGGAGGCCACUUUAUAUACUAACUUUAGACAAUCAUCCUAUAUGGCUGAGGUGUAUUUGCAGCAAAAAACAAAGCUACAUGAUCUAUUGGGCACUAGGAGGAAUUCAAGAGUGAGUUUAUUUAUCAAUAUAAUUCAGAAUGGACCUUUACUGUUCAUACCACAACAGGUUUAUUUAAUCAGACCUUUCAAUGGGAAAGAUGUCAAGGAAGCAAUGUUUAGCAUAGAUAGCAACAAGAGUCUUGGGCCAGAUGGAUAUGGAAGUGGUUUUUUUAAAGCUACAUGGUCUAUUACUGGAGAGGAAGUCACUGAAGCUAUACUGAAGUUCUUUGAGAAAGGAAGGUUAUUGAAGCAACUGAAUGAAACAAUUAUUGCACUCAUUCCUAAAAUUGAUAAUCCAGAGUUUGCAAGCCAAUAUAGGCCAAUAUCAUGUUGUAAUAUAUUUUACAAAUGUAUCUCUAAGAUGUUUUGCAGUAGGCUAAAGGCUGUUGUAUUACACUUAGUGGCAGAGAACCAAGCUGCUUUUGUACAAGGAAGUCAAGCAAGGGGUGGAGCAAUGGACAGGAUCACAACUACUACUAGGAAAUUUGAAGACAGUUCUACAGUGCGUAAAAAAGAAGAAAUGGAAGAAAUCCCAAAGAGAACUGGUUGCAGCAACAUGAGGAGCAAUGGUUUAUCACACUUGGAAGGCGAGGACCUGGAAAUUGUUUAA